ACAAACCCUAACGAACCCUUCGCCGUCGUUCAGCCGUGUUCUCCUUCGCCGUCGUUCAGCCGUGUUCUCCUUCGUCGUCCUUCUCCAUCGCGAAAACGAACCCUAACGUCGUUCAGCCGUCGUCCUCCAUAAGAGAUGGAGAAGACAUGGAGCGAUUUGACACCGUAUGAGGUGGAAAGACAGAGAACAAUAGCAGCAAAUAACAAGAAGUUGGAAGCUCUAAAUAUUCCUCGUCUAUCGCAAUCCAUCCAAAAAUCGUCUUCUACUAAGGACAAAAUGAGAUUUGUAAGACCCGGAGAUCUUCAAGUAGCAGCCAACAAUAAACGCUUGCGUUCUCAUGAUAUACCAAAACCACCUCCACCGGUGAUAAUACCAUCAUCAUCAGCUUCACAAGAUGCACCACCAUCAUCACCUACACAUGAUGCAACAUCACAUAGGUUAACCAAAAAAGGAAGACCUAAACGUUCUCAACCUCCACAUUUCCAAUUUCAACCUCAACAUCAACAUCAACCAUCUCCACCUUCAUCUCCACCUCAACACCAACCAUCUCCAACUCAACCUCAACAUCAACCAUUUCCACCUCCAUCUCCACCUCAACAUCAACUAUCUACAACUCCACCUCAACACCAACCACCUCCACCUCCACCUCAACACCAACCACCUCAACAUCAACUAUCUACAACUCCACCUCAACACCAACCACCUCCACCUCCACCUCCACCUCAACACCAACCACCUCAACAUCAACCACAACAUCAAUCAUCAGAACCGGAACAUGAAGUUGUACUUGAACGUCUAUCUCAACCACGACAACCUCUACCUCCACCACCUCCACGUAAUCAUGCACAUUGGAUUGUGGAUGUUAUUGAUGAUGAUGGUAAUGUUAGACAAAAAAGUGUAGAAGUGAACGACUUAAUCCCGAACAAAGUGGGAUUUAAGGUGCAAACAAUCUGGAAUGAUGACCAUCAGCCCAUAGGAGAGGCAGGUGGACUGUUAUCAGGAUAUAUUGGCUUUCUUGCUAGUAGUGAUGAAUUGCUUCCUAUAAUGUAUCCAAAAUGGCCCAAAGUUCCGUUGGCAAAGAAAGACUUAAUUUAUGAUAACAACAUAAAGGCUAAAUUUGUUGUAAGUGAUACAAACAAGUUUCAUAAGAAGUGGAUUUAUACAAGCUUGGGAAAGAGGUGGAGGGAACGUCGGUGCUUUCUAUUCAAUAAGUAUUAUGAUUGGGCUCUUACUGUUGAACAAAACAUAGAGCAAUUUCCACCUGAAGUUACAAAAGAUCAUUGGGCCAUGUAUUUGAAUUAUAGAUUGUCUCCGGAUACUAUGGCGAAAGCAGACAAAAAUGCUCUAAAUCGCCAAAAGCAACGUAUUCCCCAUACGUUAGGCACAAGGUCACUAGCAAGAACACGAGAUAUUAUGGAACAAAGAGAUGGACGGUCUUACAGUAGAGGAGACAUGUAUGAAAUCUCUCACACGAAGAGGAACAGAUCAUAUGUUAAUGAUGAGGCUCGACAAAAAAAUGAAGAGUUACAAAAAGAAAGGCAGACAUCAUCUGAUAAUGAGGCUUUUGUGACCGUGUUUGGAAAAGAGCAUCAUGGUUAUGUUCGAGGAAUGGGACUUGGUCCAACACCAUCUCAAAAUAAUGGUUCUAGUUCUCGUCCUUCAGUAUCAACUUCUUCAUCGACUGCUGAUGCCAAAAUAGCUAAGAUGCAAAGCGAAAUUGAUGUGCUAACUAAAGAAGUUGCUGAAGUUAAUGAGCUUAAAGCUAAAGUUGCUGAAUUUGAUGCAAUGAAGGAACAAUUUGCUCUUAUUAUGGCUAAUAUGCAAAACCAGGGGUAUAACAUAGGAUCGCCGUUUGAAGUACGACGCUCUUUUGAGUCUAGUCAUAAUGUUGAGGGUAAUCAAGCAACUCCAGACGAUUCAACUUAGAUAUAUAAUUUUUGUUUAGGCGUGUUGAACUUUUGAUGUCACGCUUUUCUAUUUGUUUUAAUUUUGAUGUACUAGGCGCAUGUGUUGUGACCUUCGUUUUUGUUUUUUGUUAUGUACUAUUUAGGUUGCAUGUGUCAAUGCAAACUUUAGAUGUAUUGCGCAUGUAUUGUGACCUUUAGUUCCAUGUGUCGUUGUGAACACCUUAUUUUUGAA